GACUGUCGGUUGGAACUCACAAACCGAAAUCCAAGGCAUCGACGCUGCAUCGUGUUUGCACCUGUCGCCCGUCGUUCUUGCUUUCGUUGUGACUUUGGUUGCGGUGGGAGGCUGCAGCUGCGGCGCGCCCUUUUCCGCCGACUCGAGCCAACGAGAUUUCAUUUGCUUUCAUUUGUCCCACUCCCACACUUUGCGUCCUCUCACGAAUCCAUCAUCGCUACUCGACCCCGUCAGUCUCGCGUCGGUCCUGCCACUCGACCGACUUACGGCUUACGACUUGCCGACUUGCCGACUUGCCGACCUACCGACUUACCGACUUGACCGACUUGACUGCCGUCACCCAUCCGCGCGCGUCUCAUCAAUCUCGCAAUCGCCGCGACCGUGGCCACCUCGCCAUUCGCCUCCAGGGCCGAGCCGAUGGCGUCCCCUCCGGCCGUCAAGACCGAGGUCCGUCGACCGCGAUCAAGUCAAAAGGUGUCGGUCAGUUGGGAUGAAGACGAAAACACAGUCACCAGGAGGACGUCGAGGCUGCAGUUUGAGCUGGCCGAGUGCGUCGAGACCAAGACGGUGACGACCACGACAACGACAAAACGGGCCUACCCGCCGCUGCUUGUCCGCCAACGACGACCGCUGAGCGGGCUGGACAGCAAGGAAUACCCGCUCGCCAACCGCCCGACCCCGCCCGAGCUGGCUCGCUUCACGGUCGAUCUGGACGAGAGCGACGGCUUUUCGCUGGACUCGUCAUUUGAGGACUUUUCGACCAAACAGGAUGACUGCAAGGAGGACUCGGGUCCCGAGACCCCAACGCAGGACUCGCCGACGCCGGCAACACAACCCAGGAAGUCGAACCGUAGGAUCUCGGGCCUGGGCCUGAGGAACGCGAGGUAUGGCUCGCUCGGAAAGAAGGAUUUUUCGCGCACCAACCGCCCUAGCCUUACGGCCGUUGCCGACAAGCUGCGCCCGUUUGAGCCCAGGAGAGCCAUCUCGGCGGCCGGCUACCUGGCCACGCCCGACGGCACCGAGCCCGUCAGGCGCAGGUCGCUGGACGUCGGCGAGCCGUCAGGAAGCCAGCCCUUGGACGCCGCCAGCCCUGCUAGCGACUCGCACACGGCGUUCAGCGGAUCCGUGGCCACUCCCCCCAUCACAGAGACGGACCCCGAGCCGUUUGACGGCGACGACUCGCAGCCCCGGCCGUUCCGUCGCAGGCCCACCGUGGACACCAUCGCCGCACAAGACGCGAGUCUCCCUAGCCCGGGCCUCUCGCCAACGCUGCAGGCAGCCCAGCUCCACACGCAGGACGAUGAUGACGACGACAUGGCUUUCUCGCAGACGAUUAGCCGCCGUGCCAGGUCCCGCUGGCUCGAAAGUCAGUCCACCAUCGACGACGACACGCUGGUACCCGAGUCGGCGCUCGUGCGGAACGACGACGCCCACAACAUGCUCGACACGCGCUCCAUGCUCGAGACGUUCGACUCGAUGCCGGGCGAGAUGAAGACGUUUGUCAUGUACCAGCUGCUCCGCCGCUGCCCCCGCAAGACGCUGCACAUGGUGGCCGAUGUGGUCAACCCGGCGCUCAAGUGCGACUUUCUAAAACAGCUGCCCAUCGAGCUGUCGCUGCACAUAUUGUCGUACCUGGACCACCGCGACCUCUGCCGCGCCGCCCAGGUGUCCAAGCUGUGGAGGAGCAUCAUCGACGGCAACGAGACGGGCUGGAAGGAGCUGCUGGACCGCAACGGCUUUGAGCUGCCCGUCGGCGAGCUGGAGAAGGCUAUCCAGCAGGGCUGGGGCUGGCAGGACCCGGUGGGCGUGCACGGCUGCGAGGUCGACCUCAGCCUGCAGAGCCGUAUGACGGUCGCCGAGCCCGAGCUGAUCCGGUCGGCCAGGCCCGCCCAGAAGCUGCGCAGCUCCAAGCGCAAGCGGGGGCCGGCAGGAAACCCGUCAGACCGGUCCAAGCGCCGUGCCAGCGCCCAGGAGGCGCCCAGGGACGACAGGGCCGAGGAGCCGGGCCACAAGAGGGAGGGCCCCAUCGCAGCCGCCACGGCCGCAGCUCUGGCCGUUAGCGACCCCGGCAUCGGCAUGCCGACCCUGCGCCGUCUGCAUCUGUUCAAGUCGCUGUUCCGCCGCCACUACAUGAUCCGCCAGAACUGGACCAGCGGCAAGGUCAAGCCCGGCCACGUCGCAUUUGCGGCACACCCCAACCACGUCAUUACCUGCCUGCAGUUUGACGAUGACAAGAUCAUCACGGGCAGCGACGACCAGCUGAUCCACGUCUACGACACUCACACGGGGCAGCUGCGCCAGAAGCUCGAGGGGCACGAGGGCGGCGUGUGGGCGCUGCAGUACGAGGGGAAUAUUCUGGUGUCUGGCAGCACAGACCGCUCUGUACGCGUGUGGGAUAUCGAGAAGGGCCUGUGCACGCAGGUGUUUUAUGGUCAUACGUCGACUGUGCGCUGUUUGCAGAUCCUGAUGCCCACCGACAUGGGCCAGGGACCGGAUGGCAAGCCUGUCAUGAUGCCGCCCAAGCCGCUCAUCAUCACGGGCUCGCGCGACAGCCAGCUGCGCGUGUGGCGUCUGCCCGAGGCGGGGUCGCGCCGCUACAUCCAGACAGGGCCGCCGGCCAACGACGCAGAGUGCCCGUAUUUCCUGCGGAUCCUGCAGGGCCACUCGCACUCGGUGCGCGCCAUCUCGGCCCACGCCGACACUCUGGUGUCUGGCAGCUACGACAGCACCGUCCGCGUCUGGCGCAUCAGCACGGGCGAGCAGCUGCACGUGCUGCACGGCCACAGCCAAAAGGUGUACUCUGUGGUGCUGGACCACAAGCGGAACCGUUGCAUCUCUGGGUCCAUGGACUCGCUGGUGCGCAUCUGGGACCUUGAGACGGGCGCGUGUCUGCACACUCUCGAGGGGCAUAGCCUGCUGGUGGGACUGCUGGAUCUGCGCGACGAGCGUCUGGUUUCGGCCGCCGCCGACAGCACACUGCGCAUCUGGGACCCCGAGACGGGAAAGUGCAAGAGCAUCCUGACGGCGCACACAGCCGCCAUUACCUGUUUCCAGCAUGACGGACGCAAGGUGAUUUCGGGGAGCGAAAAGACAGUCAAGAUGUGGGACAUUGCCACAGGAGACUGCAUCGAGGACCUGCUCACGGACCUUACCGGGGUGUGGCAGGUCAAGUUUGACGGGCGACGAUGCGUAGCCGCGGUGCAGAGGGCCGGUCUUACGUAUAUCGAGAUCCUCGAUUUUGGUGCCGUCCGAGAUGGAAAGCCCCGCGAAGAUCUCGGCAAACGCAUCCUGCUCAACUCGCCCGAGGUGCGGCUGGUUGAGGAGGAGUAACGCUUAAUGUUUACGCAUUUCGGUGGUUUUAUUUGUUGGCGUUGGUGGCAGGGCGUUGUUUAUGCCAUGAUUGGCCUGUGGUACACGUUUGGAGCAUGAUAUCCGCGUAGUUUUGUUAAUGAUGUUUUUGUGCUCGCUCAUGGGAUCGGCUGCAGUGUCUGUGGCUUCUGUAUGUGUCUGUAUGUGUCUGCUGUAUAUGUCUGCUGUAUGCAUGUGUGUGCCUGCUCUCUGUGGUGCCUGGCUAUUCGUAG